AUGUCGGACAACGAGCUGGGCCUGGAUGGAGGUCUAUUUGAGGAACCUGAGAGCUUCAGACCCCCGAAGCCGGAGGCUCACUACCAGAAAUAUACUCGGUUGCACAAUCAGGCGCAUCCCGAACUCGACGAGAUCAAGCUUCGACUUGUUGGAAAAUCACCGCUCUGGGGCCAUUUGCUGUGGAAUGCAGGUAUUUAUACGGCAAAUUAUCUUGAGGAGCACGCACGGGAGCUGGUCAAAAACAAGAAUGUUGUGGAAUUUGGCUCUGCUGCCGCUCUUCCGUCCUUGUUGUGUUCCAUCAACGGUGCUAAGAAAGUGGUAGCCACGGACUAUCCAGACCCUGAUCUGCUGGAGAAUAUCCAGAUCAACGUGGAAAGUCUCGCAGAUAAGGAACUAACCAGCAGGAUUUGUGUGCAAGGGUUCAUCUGGGGCAACGAUACGCAAGAAAUUAAAAAUACUCUAGAGAGCACAGCAGACUUAAUCAUCAUGAGCGAUCUGGUAUUCAACCAUUCAGAGCACCACAAGCUGCUCAAAUCCGCCAAAGAGCUAAUUACACCACUACGAGAUACAUCGAAGCCCAGAAGUGGCGGGAAAUGUCUUGUUGUGUGGUCCCCACACAGACCCAAACCGCAGAUGGUGGAAAAUGACUUUAAGUUUUUCACUGACGCCACAGAGCUAUUCGGAUUCGACGUCGAGUUUGUCGAGAUGGUACACUGGGAUCACCCUAUGUUCCCUGAGGACCCUCCCGAGACAGAGGAGAUCCGCAAGCGUGUGUACUGCUACAUAUUGCACCCGACCUGGUAA